AUGCACUUGCAAGAAUAUGAGACUCGCCUGAUAUGCGGGGAACGAGGGGCGAUCGAUGAAUUACUUGAUCGAAGUUUAUGGUGUUCGUGCGACGAGCUGAAAGGAAAGCACCCCUACAAGUACUUGGCUUCUUCCUCAUCCGCACUGCAUUCACCUCCUGCCACCUCGUCCCCGCAACAUGAGGGCAAUUUCUCGUAUGGGGACAUGUCCAGCUGUGCCCUCGAGAUGAGCUGUUAUGGCGCUCCAGCACAGAUGAUGUGGUCGCCACUGACCUGGCCUUUGUCUCCAAGCCAGAUGCCAAUAGCAUGCGGGCUCUCUGAUGUAUACGACCUUGGUACCCCAUCGCUUACCCCCAUGGACCCACAGAACGUGGUCAGCAAUACGCAUGUACCCGUCGUGAUCGACUCGCCCGUCUUCACAGGCACAUUCUACGACACUUCGCUGAUGGAUAUAGUUGGCAAUGCUACCCAUAAUCCAACUGGCCAGUUCACUCCCGAUCCUGUGUCGGAGACCGCGGAAAGUAUGAGCUUUGGCUUCGCCAACUUCGCUGACCACGACCUUGUCACUUCCUCCCAGUUCACACUGCCGACCUCCAAACACCAUGACGAUGAUGGUCCAGAUGAGAGACCGUCCACAAAGCAGCCACGAUAUGAAUCGGCAACUGAGUUCCCGACCCGCAAGGGGUACAGAGCUCCGCCGGAUCCACUGAUGGACCUUGUUCCAACAAUUACUGCCAUACCUGACGGGAGGCAGCUAAUGAACAAGACUCUGAAGAACACCAUUAAUGUGUACGAGACAGUCGUUCUCGAGAAAUUUCAUCGGGAACAACAAAGCCUCGCAACGAUACCAUCGGAAAACCCAGGACCUGACAUACAGCGAUGCCCUGCCCGACCAGCGAAGCACGUCAGCAAUGCCAAAGCUGGGCAAAAGCCGAAGGGUGCAAGCAAGGGUAGGAGCGCGAAGAGAGCAACGGCAUCGAGGAAGAGCGCAGCGUGCACGUGGAUAGUGGGCAUCGCGACCGACGACAAGAAGUGUCCCAAAUGA